AAUUUUUGUGAGGAGAGAAGCAGCUGGUUUUUGAUCUAAAACCGCCUUCCUCUCUUCUUUUCAGGGUGUCCGUCUCCAUUGUUUCUUCUAUAAUCUCAGGAAAUUUAUGAUUAUGAUAUCAUUUCUCGGUUGAAUUGUUGUUUAUUGAUUCAUUUCUGGAUCAUCCAUGGGGGAAAGGAGACGCCUUGGUUGUGUUAUGGGUUGGGAAUGGGAAUAAGAAAUUUGGAUUCUUCUUCUUCUUCUUCAGCUGGAGCUAUGACCCAGAAUAACUGGGAUAAACCCAAGCGGCUUUAUCAAGUUUGGAAGGGAAGGAAUAGAUUCUUUUGUGGUGGGAGGUUGAUAUUUGGUCCUGAUGUGGCAUCAUUGUUUCUCUCUUCAUUCCUUAUUGCUGGCCCUGCAAUUGCUUUUUUCAUGAAGAUGUACAUGAAGAUCAAAGAUAAGAACACUAAACAUGUUGAUGAGUGUUAUCCCAUAUUAAUUGUGGGCUUGAUACUCUCUGUUGUGGAUUUACUAUUUCUUUUUUUGACCUCUAGUAGAGAUCCUGGAAUUAUUCCAAGAAAUUCAGGGCCUCCUGAAGCAGAUGAAACAUUUGAUGUGCUUACCCCCUCUAUGGAAUGGGUUAAUGGUAGAACUCCUAAUUUGAAACUAUCUCAAACAAAAGAUGUGAUUGUCAAUGGCCACUCAGUAAGAGUUAAGUAUUGUGAGACUUGCUUGCUGUAUCGUCCUCCCCGUGCUUCUCAUUGUUCAAUAUGUAGCAACUGCGUUCAAAGAUUUGAUCAUCAUUGUCCAUGGGUAGGUCAAUGCAUUGGAAUGCGUAACUACCGGUUCUUUUAUAUGUUCAUAUCAACAUCAACCAUCUUGUGCAUAUACGUCUUUGUGUUUUCCUGGAUCAACAUCUUCGAAAGGAAGAUUGAUGCCCAUGAGGGCAUAUGGAGGGUUAUGUCACAUGAUGCCCUCUCUGUUUUUCUCAUAGUUUACUGCUUCAUAGCUGUAUGGUUUGUUGGUGGCCUCACGGUUUUCCAUUCCUACUUGAUUUGCACAAACCAGACCACCUAUGAGAACUUUCGAAAUCGAUAUGAUAAGAAGGAUAACCCAUAUAACAAGGGAACCCUUAGAAAUCUUGGUGAACUACUUUUCUCCAAGAUCCCACCUUCAUUGAAUAAUUUCCGAUCAUUUGUAGAGGAAGAUGAGAAUAUGGUGGAGGGAUUUGUGACUCCAAACUUUGGGGAUGAUAAUGGUUGCUCAAAGGAGAAAAUUGACAUUGAAAUGGGAGGCAAGCUUGGAGAAAACAGUGCUUAUCCACUUCCUGAAAUUUUGCGCAGCUUAAAUUAUGAUGAUUUGGAGGACAAUUUAAAGACAGAAGAAGGGAGACCUGCCUUUGAUCCAUGUAUUGCUGGUGAGCGAGAUGUGAAACAAUUUGUGGAAGUCACCAUUGUUGGUGAUGGUAUGAUGGAAGAAAGUGUGAAAGGGUCAGCUUCUGGAGAUGGGGUAAGAGAGUUCAUGCAAAGCUUCACUGAAGAGGAUGAAAGUAGGUCUGUUGAAACAUCAAAGGCUGCCAAUGAGACUGAUAGAGUGGAGAAAUCCGAUGCAAGCACUGCAAUGUUUCAUCAACUGUAAAGUUCUGGAAUCUGGAGAGGACCGUUAAGAUUUUUCAAAGACCAAGGAGGACUGCAUGCUCAGUUGAAACCCGCACCGAAGAAGCAAUCUCUCAAAAUGCAACUUGUUCGUCAUAUUCAUUAGCCAAUUGAGACUCAUAUUUGUUUUGUCUAUCGUGUAAAUGUGACAUUUGGUUUCAAAUAAUUCAGAUACCCAAGAGAAAAGGAUAACUGGGACCAUGUGAGAGUGAAAUGGUUUACAAACACAGGGAAGCUUUGCUUGUUAUAGUACUGUCAAGUAAAAUUGUACAUCAUCU